GAUUCCUGCAUUGCACAGCCUUGGACUAGAGGACCCUCAGCGUCCCUUCCAACUCUACAAUUCUAUGAUUUCUAGUACCUGUGAGCAUCCUACAGUAGCAUAAGUAUACAAACUAAGCCUAAAGUGAAAUGCAAAAAUGUAGAAAGAGCAAUAACAAAACAGGUACAACUGAACAGGUAAUUUGAAGUUUUUGAAAAUAACACAUUUUUUAAAAAUAUGUUUUGUUAUUUUAUGCAUAGAAACAUGCAACCCCCCCCCCCGAAACUUAAAACAUAAAUAAAUUUCUGAUCAUAACUUAAAAUGUAAAUAAAACUCAGUUCCAGAGGCUAAUAGACACACAGCAAAAACCCCACAAUCGCUCUAUAACGUACAGUAGAAAGAUGGCAAAUGUUGCUAUUCUUAAUGUUGCUACAGGAAAAAUAAACAGCUGUGUUCCACAAAGUAGCAUACUGAGAUGGCAGCAUUACACCAUUCAUUUUCUUAUUCAUGUGCAUUACAAAAUAAAACCAUUCUGAUCUUAAACUAUCCCUCUUUUUAGUCACCCUGGCCAAUGUUGCCAACUUUUCAACCAAAGCUAUAUUCCAAACAUUUUUAUAUCAAUAUUGUUUUAUAGCAUCUUCGUACUCCUUAAAAAAAGUGGCAAUCCCAUCCCUGUAUAUUAGUGAAUCAAAAUGAUACAUUAACCCAAAUAACAAUGUGUAUUUAACUUACUCCCCCACCACACAUUGGAUUACGAAAUCUGAAGCUUCUCUGUUGCAGCAAUAAUAGUGUACCUAUUCUGAAAGGAAUAGAGGUGGGUGAAGUUUUACAGGGCUAUUCAAAGUAUACAUUUGAAGCUCACAUUCAAAAGUACCUUAAGUGUAGGGUGACAGUUUCCAGUGGUCUCAUAUUGAAAUGAAUUUAGGAUUUUGGAAAUAAAAGUUUUAUGCAGUUUGGCUUGUGUCAGCUGGUCAAGGAGGGACAACACAGCCAGCACCAUAGGUGUCUAUAAUGGAAUGAGAGUCACAUCUCAAACAUAAAUGACCAAUGCAGGUUACGUCUCAAAAUAUAUACCUGCUUAAAAUCUUAGUGAACAAUCUUUCAAAAUGACCUUAACAGAUUAGAGAACUGGGCCAAAGCAAACAAGAUGAAUUUUAACAGGGAGAAACGUAAAGUACUACGCUUGGGCAAAAAUAAUAAUGAAAGGCACAAAUACAGGAUGGGUGACACCUGGCAUGAAAAGGAUGCGAAAAGGAUCUAGGAGUCUUGGUAGACCACAAACUUGACAUGAGUCAAUAGUAGUAGCAGCUAAAAAAGCCAAUGCAAUUCUGGGCUGCAUCAAUAGGAGUAUAGCAUCUAGAUCAAGGGCUAGAUCAAGCCUGCCACUUUCAGUGAGUCUGCUCUGUUUAUAACUUAAUUAGAUACCAUUCCGUUACCACUCUUGCAUAAUGAAACUGCAUGGGGAGACACAUACAUAGAUUCUGGGAACACAGCUGCACAAGACUGCAUCCUUUUAUGAGUUUGGAGCCUCUUCCAAUGAGCGGACCUGAUUUUGGUGCUAUAGGGGAAGAAGCUGAACUGGUUGAAGUUGAACCAGAAACCAAACAGGAAAUACUGGAAAAUAAAGAUGUUGUGGUUCAACAUGUUCACUUUGAUGGACUUGGGAGGACUAAAGAUGACAUUAUCAUGUACGAAAUUGGUGAUGUAUUCAAGGCUAAAGACCUCAUUGAUGUUAUGAGGAAGUCCCAUGAAGCUCGUGAAAAGCUCCUCCGUCUAGGAAUUUUUAGACAGGUGGAUGUUCUAAUUGAUACGUGUCAAGGAGAUGAUGCCCUUCCAAAUGGUUUAGAUGUAACAUUUGAAGUAACAGAACUGAGAAGAUUAACUGGAAGUUAUAAUACUAUGGUUGGCAAUAAUGAAGGGAGCAUGGUACUCGGACUCAAACUCCCGAAUAUAUUUGGACGUGCCGAGAAGGUGACAUUUCAGUUCUCCUAUGGCACAAAGGAAACGUCAUAUGGCCUCUCUUUCUUCAAACCACAGCCUGGUCACUUCGAAAGAAACUUUUCUCUCAAUCUGUAUAAAGUAACUGGACAAUUUCCUUGGAGUUCUCUUCGUGAAACUGAUAGAGGAAUAUCAACAGAAUUCAAUUUCCCCAUAUGGAAGACCAACCACACGCUAAAAUGGGAGGGUGUCUGGAGGGAGCUCGGCUGUCUUGCAAGAACAGCAUCAUUUUCUGUCCGAGAAGAAAGUGGACAUUCACUCAAGUCGUCUGUGUCUCACGCUAUGGUAAUUGAUUCUCGUAACUCUACAAUCUUGCCGAGACGAGGUGCUUUGCUGAAAAUAAACCAGGAGUUGGCUGGCUAUACCGGUGGUGAUGUGAGUUUUCUGAAAGAGGACUUUGAACUUCAGUUUAAUAAGAAGCUCUUGUGGGAUUCAGUUUUAUCAGCUUCUCUUUGGGGUGGAAUGUUGGUUCCUAUUGGAGACAAACCAUCAAGUAUUGCUGAUAGAUUUUAUCUUGGCGGACCAACAAGUGUGCGUGGAUUCAGUAUGUACAGCAUUGGACCACAGAGUGAAGGGGAUUACCUGGGAGGUGAAGCUUACUGGGCUGGAGGUCUGCAUUUGUACACUCCUCUCCCUUUUCGGCCGGGCCGGGGAGGAUUCGGAGAUCUAUUCAGAACACACUUCUUUCUCAAUGCUGGCAACCUCUGCAAUCUUAAUUAUGGUGAAGGUCCUAAGGCUCAUCUUCGUAAACUAGCAGAGUGCAUCCGGUGGUCUUACGGUGCUGGAAUAGUUCUCAGACUUGGAAACAUUGCUCGAUUAGAACUCAAUUAUUGUAUCCCAAUGGGAGUACAAAGUGGGGACAGAAUAUGUGAUGGAGUUCAGUUUGGAGCUGGAAUAAGAUUCUUGUAAUGUCGCAGUCAUUUCAUAAUAGCACUGGGCCAAAAUGAGCUCCUGAGUUCAAGAGUGGCACAAAGAUGUUCCAGAGGAUUUUACCGAAAUAUAAUUAUGUAUGAAGGGUUUACUUCAAUAGAGAAACUUGCUUUGAAAAGUCCCAUAAUUUAUGGUGUGAUGCAUUCUUGAUUUCUUCAAAAGAAAAAGAUUAAAAUCUGGACUUGGAAAACAGCAA